CGCAAAACGUUGCGCACGCGGCAGAUCGGCUCCGUGUACCUCUGUCGAGGAAGAUGCUGCACAUGAAGAGUUCCUGCGUCGUCCUGGCCGUCUUUGCAUGUACUAUGGCGUCUGCUGCAAACAGAUUUGACGUGUGCACCAAGGACUGCCUUGGCGGCGGCAUCACACCGUUGACCAACGAACGGGCUCUCCUCCAAGCGCCUUGCUUUGUUGAAGUCUCGUCAAGUCGAGUGGAUUGCUAUUCAUACACAUCCCCCACGAGCGGCAAGUGUCCUUUUGGUGACAACUCCGUCGACUGCGGUCAGGCUCCCACGACGACGACCGCGCCAACCACUACGUCGACCCCAGGUCCCACAACCACGUUGUUCGUCUCAACGCUGCCUCCAACAUCCACAGCCCCCUCGGAUUCGAACGCGACUACAAACAACACGACUCCUCUCGGGCAAAAAGAGGACACGUCUACAAUGGGGAACGCGCCGUACUUCAUCGGAGGCGGUGUCGCGCUCAUUGCGCUGGGCAUCCUCGUCAUCGUGCUCGUGCGCAAGUCGCGACGCACCGACCACGACGACGACGACGACCUUGAUGCACAUGUGCUGCACGUUGAGCAGCGCACGAAGCAAAUCACCAACGAACCCGCAUUUGCUGUCCAACCUUCUGUCGCCUAUCCGUUCACCCCAACGGGCCACCAGAACAUGGACUACCGCACCAAGCAGAACAGUACGUUCCACCAGCAGCGGCCCAUGCCUGGGUCUCCGCACGGCGGUGCUCGCGCUGCCAACAACGAGUCGUUUGUGCGGUCGCGGCUGCCUAGCGGUCUCGUCGAUCCUCCGCUUCGAAUUCUUACCGUGGAUCCUCCACAAGACUACCGAGCGCUUGAAGCCGAACGGGGGUCGGUCACGUUUUAAUUUGAAUUCGAGUGUCGUGAUAGUGCUUCUCUCUCCUUGGCGGUGGACUUUGCAUCACACAGAGAAGGCAGAUAAAGGAGGGGUACCUCCUGCAGUUGAUCAGGUCUGGCCCUUCCAAGCGUCUCGAAUGCAGCGCCGCCGCUUGUACAGCAGGUACCCGCCAGUA